UGGCUACGGACCGCCAGUCCGGGAGUUUUGCAACCCCGGCGCUUGCUGUGUGCGUCACUUCCGGGCGGCGCGGAGCCGAGUGGUCAACGGUCUGUAGAGCAACAUGCCUAAGUUUUAUUGUGACUACUGCGAUACAUACCUCACCCAUGACUCUCCAUCUGUGAGAAAGACACAUUGCAGUGGUAGGAAACACAAAGAGAAUGUGAAAGACUACUAUCAGAAAUGGAUGGAAGAACAGGCUCAGAGCCUGAUUGACAAAACAACGGCUGCAUUUCAACAAGGAAAGAUACCUCCUACUCCAUUCUCUGCACCUCCUCCAGCCGGUGCUAUGAUCCCACCUCCCCCUAGUCUACCGGGUCCUCCUCGCCCUGGUAUGAUGCCAGCACCUCAUAUGGGAGGCCCUCCCAUGAUGCCAAUGAUGGGCCCUCCUCCUCCUGGGAUGAUGCCGGUGGGACCUGCUCCUGGAAUGAGGCCACCCAUGGGAGGCCACAUGCCAAUGAUGCCUGGGCCUCCAAUGAUGAGACCUCCUGCUCGGCCCAUGAUGGUGCCCACUCGGCCUGGAAUGACACGACCAGACAGAUAAGGAUAGAGGGGAGCCUCUUUCAGUUUCAUAUUAUUUGUUCUACUUCACCAGGAGAUCAUGGUGCUGUGAUUGGGUGUUUUCUAACAGUAUGACAACAAAGACUUGCUCCCCAUUUCUAUCAAAGAAAAUAGUUUCAGAGGGGAGAAAUGGAAAGAAAAAGUACAGUUUUCAUUUGUAUUGUGAAAUGUGAAAAUAAAGUUGUCAGCUCUUUUAGUUAAAAGUGUGUUCCCUUUUUCCUCCUCUUCAUAUUCUUUGUGUAUUAUAAAGAGAUCAAACAUU